AUGAUUAAGCAACAGAAAAAUUUAGCCGAUGCCACUAUUAAUCAAGCUGUGCAAAUGAAACGCAUAGCGUUAGCUUUAGAAGACAGAAAUGCAAUAGAACGGGAAAGAAAUAUAAUUUUAGAGCGGAAAUAUUCUAAAAAGUACCAGCAAACCCACAACUCCUCAAAUAUAGACUAUGAAGAUGUCAGUGUGAUUGGCAUAAACGAUAUAGAAUAG